ACAGGUGUGCAAGAAUUAUUUGCACGGGUUGUGCAAAUACCCAAGGCUUCCUUCAGUGCACAAAUUGUGCAAUUAUAAAUCCAUGCCUCGUGUGUUUCACUUUGCAGCCCCACGUGCCGACGAGCUGACGAAAAUUACUUGUUGCGCGUGCUUCCACACGUUUGUCGAUCUCAAUGGACUGCAUCGCCACCAAGAAAAUUUCUCAUGCUGUAAAAAUGCUCUCCCAUUCACAACACGUCGCCCUUGGGCUGUGCCCAAUAAGUUUCUUAAGUUGGCUGUACAGGAGAAUCUCCGUCCCUUAGAGUAUUUAAAACGGGAAAAUAUAAUGUGGCCAGUGGGACCAAACGAUUUUUUAAAUUAUGACGAAUUAGAGCCCAUGGAAAAUGGCCAUGAUAAUGAAGAAUUGAAGUCUGAAGGCAGCAAAGUGCAAUCUCAUUUCGAUGAUAUUCCUAUUCAUACGAGAAAAGAAUACAACUAUGAAGAGAUGGUUGAAAGGGCAAUUGCUGCUGAUGAAGCUUUUCUACCACAUUUAAAUAAUCCGGAUAUGGUAUUAACAUCUAAUGUUUUCAGGUAUUUUUGGAACAUGUUUUUUGGGUAGUCUCAUUGAACACGUUGUUCAUUUUACUCUUUGCAUACAUUCCUUAUCAUGUUGGCCAUGGAGCAGUUGUGUUACUUGGGCUGCAUGAGUAUGCAAUGGCUGCCCAUUUUGAAGGCCUUGUCACCACUCUUUGUGGAUACUGUGCUAUUGGAAUGAUAUUUGUUAUCCUUCAAGGCUUAGCUUCUUUGUUCGGGCUUAUAAGAACUAAGCGUUUUUUGAGAUUGUGCUAUAUUGUUGUGAAGGUAUGUAAUCAAAGCCUUUCGUUUCCAUGUUGCUAAUUAUGAUGAUAAUUGUGAUUUUUAUUGUAAAUGUUGUAAUUUGAUUUGGAGUUUAGUUCUAUUGUCUGAAUUUAGCUGAUGAUACACGAUAAGGGAGCGGGAGCAAAAGAACACGACACGAACACUCUGGAGUCUGGACAGGAAGUGAGCAUUUAUUUAACAUGGCUGCUGCUGGAGCUGGAAAUGCAACAGUGACAAGUGCAAGCAAUUACACACAGGCAGUGACUAUGAUAAUUAGUGCAUGACUUAUUAUGUGCAGUAUGAGAAGAUGGUACAGCGGCAAAUACAAAUAUACAUUUAUACAGAUAGGCAGAUUCAGUGGGAAAUUUAAAUGUAGAGGGUUAAUCUUAUAUUUACAACAGUUAAUGUUUCUUCUUUUUUAUUUGGCAGGUUUCACUUUUGACCGUUGUCGAAUUAGGUAUCUUGCCUCUGAUAUGUGGUUGGUGGCUUGAUAUUUGCUCUCUGUCAAUGUUUGAUGCCACCCUCAAAGAUCGAGAGGCCAGCUUCCGCCUUGCACCAGGAACAGAUUUAUUUAUUCACUGGCUUGUGGGCAUGGU